CACACUUCUUCCUGCCUUCUUCUUUCACUCUUCUGUAUCAAUUCUACAACCAUGGCCGGCUCUAAAGAAAUAAUUAUUAUUGGCGGAGGCAUCUCCGGCCUCGGCAUGGCAAUUCAACUCAAACGUCUUCUUGGACACGAUAACUUCACUAUCUACGAGAAGUCGGACAACAUCGGCGGCACAUGGUGGCAUAACCGCUAUCCUGCUUGUGCUUGUGACAUUCCCAGCCACUUUUACUCUUACAGCUUUGCUCUGAAUCCUAAUUGGUCGUCCAUGUACCCUGGCCGUGAUGAGCUUCAUCGGUAUUUCAUAUCUGUCGCUGAGAAGUUCAACAUCAUCCCUCACUGCCAAUUCAACACCAUGUGUCUGGAUCUGCACUGGGACUCGGCCCGCAUGCUUUGGAUCUGCCACUUUGAGAAUACACAGACGGGGGAAAGAUUUAUGCGCGAAGCCCCCAUCGUCGUCAGCGCUAUUGGUACGCUGGAUCGACCUUCCAUCCCUAAAAUUGAGGGCGCUGAGACCUUCCAGGGCAAGAUGUUUCAUAGUGCUCGCUGGGAUGACUCGCUGGAGGUUAAGAACAAGAACAUCGUGGUGCUUGGUAACGGUGCUUCGGCAACACAAUUUGUUCCAGAGCUUGUUAAACAGGUUGGGCCGAAGGGAAAGGUGACUCAGCUGGUGAGAAGCGCUCAUUGGUGGACUAAGAGAGGUAACCCAACCUACUCAUCAACAUUCAAGUUCACCAUGAAGUACGUCCCACUUGCUGCUCGUAUAUACCGUGUAUUUCUCGCCUGGGAACUUGAGAAGGUCUUCUACUCCUUCCUCAUGACCGGGAAUGGUGCACGUAUGAGACAGAAGAUCCGCGAUACUACCUAUUCAUACAUUGAGAAUGAUGCACCACCCCAAUAUCGUGAAAUUUUGAGGCCUGACUAUGAACCUGGUUGCAAGCGUCGGGUCAACACCGCGACAUAUCUCGCGGCCUUGCAUUUGCCGAACAUGCACUUGGACAAAGACAGCGUUACCAAGAUUGGUCCCCGCCACGUCGAGACGGCAAAGGGUAUGACUUACGAAGCAGACUCCAUUAUCUAUGCCACCGGCUUCAUGACCCAGAAGUGGCUCUAUCCUAUGGAGAUCAAGGGAGAGAACGGAAAGGACUUGCAUGAGGUUUGGGACUCCACAGAUGGUGCUGAAGCCUACAAGGGCACUGUCGUAACAGGAUUCCCCAACUUCUUUAUCCUGUAUGGUCCCAAUGCUGCCACCGGUCAGCAUUCUGUUAUUUUCCAUUCAGAGUGCCAGAUCAACUACAUAUGUCGCCUGCUCCGUCCAGUUCUUACUGGUAGCAGUCCCGCGUUCUCGAUUAUGGUUAAGCCUGAGGCUCAACGUCGUGACCUCGCCUGGGUGCAUGGCAAACUUAAGGACUUAGUUUUCAACAGUGGUUGCCAGAGCUGGUGGAUGGACCCCAAGACGAAGAAGAACACGUUCAUCUAUCCGGAUCUUAUGUUCUUGUAUUGGUUGCGCACGAUAUUCCCACGCUGGUCGGACUUUGAAGUUCGCAGGGUUGAGAGUCCUAAGUCUUUAGCCUCGAGGGUUUUCAUGGGCACUCUGAUAAGUCUCGGUCUAGGUUCUCUUGCUGUGAUUCUAGCUUACUAG